CGUGCGGGGCAGUCUGUAGAUUUGUUGCGAAUUGUACUCCGCAAUAUCAGUAGCAAAAUAAUUCUAACUGCAAUACUAUCGAUGUAUUGGUGAUAAUAUUGACGUAUACGAAUCUUAUCGUAUUCCAAUAAAAUUAUGUAAGAUUUCUUUAAAUCAAUUUAGUUUGUGCUAAAGUGUUCGUGUGAAUAUUAAAAUGGGAAAGAAAAAAUGGAUAACCCCGUUCAAGAAACAGUGUUUUGUGACGCUUGGUGUGUCACUAAAUAUGGCAGGCCACGGGCUGGUGAUGGGCUUCGCGGCCAUCUUGCUGCCGCAGCUGCGCAGACCAGACUCCAUCAUACCCAUCGAUGACACAGCUGGCUCAUGGAUAGCUUCAAUUCUGGGUUUCGCACUUGUGGCUGGUAACUUCAUAGUGCCCACAAUAAUGGCAAAGUACGGCAGGAGAACGGCAAACCUGUUGAGCAUUGUACCUAUGAUUGUUGGCUGGUUCUGCAUCAUCACUGCCACUAAUAUCACCGCUCUCCUCAUUGCAAGGUUCCUCCAGGGCAUCGCGAUGGGUAUGAGCGCAACCCUCGGACCAGUACUCAUAGGAGAAUACACUAGUCCUAGGAACAGAGGCGCAUUUUUAACCACAAUAUCAUUGACUAUUGCUACAGGAGUCCUCGUCGUACAUACCUUAGGAUCCUACCUGGCAUGGCAAACAGCAGCUCUGGUCUGUGCCUUUAUAACCUUUGUGGAUUUACUCAUAGUUAUUUACUCACCCGAGUCCCCCAGUUGGCUCGCAGAUCAAGGAAGAUAUGAGGACAGUGAGAAAGUGUUCAAAUGGUUGAGAGGAGAAAGUGAAGACGAAGAAUUACGUAGGAUGAUUGAAACUAGCAUCAUCGUCAGAGAAUCAAAAGCUGACGCUAACAUAUCACAAUCUUUUACAUCGAAAAUGAAAACACAAAUUACGUAUAUCAGUACAACUGUUAGGAAGAAGGAAUUCUAUAAACCUAUAUUGAUUAUGAUCCACAUCUAUACGUUAGGACAAUGGGCUGGUGCUAACAUUCUUGCUGCGUACACUCUCGAUAUAUUCUCUCAUGUUAUCGGUAAUGAUGCAAACAUAUCCUUACUAGUUAUAACUCUGGACGCUCAAAGAAUUAUAUCAAAUAGCGUUGCUGUAUACGUAAUUAAGAAGAUAAGACGAAGAACAAUGUUAUUCAUAACUGUUGGAUUAAAUCUGUUCGCGUUUGUAGCUACAGCUGGGUAUACUUAUGCUAAAGGUCAUAAUAUGUUGCCCUACGAUCAUCCUUUCAUUGGGAUUUUAUUAAUACACAUUCAUAUGUUUACCAUCGCAACAGGAACAGUGCCUUUACCCUUUAUCAUAGCGGGAGAACUAUUUCCUUUAGAAUUCAGAAGUCUUGCUGGUGGAUUCAGUGUAUUAUUCCUUUCUUCAAAUCUCUUUAUCACAGUAAAAACUGUUCCUUAUCUAUUCAAGAACUUUGGCAUACAUGGCGCGUAUUUAAUUUACUCCGUCGUGGUUGGGUAUUGCUUGGUGAUAGCCUGGUGGUUCAUGCCGGAGACGAAAGAUCGAACGUUACAAGAAAUAGAAGAUGAGUUUAGAGGUAGACCAAUGUCUCCAGAAGAAUUGAAGUCUACUCAAUCGCUGACUUCUUUGAAAUAUAUGAACAAAGACAGAAGAUGCAGUAGUCCAGUUGUUUAAAUAUAAGAAACUAGUAAUUAAUUGUAAAUAAUUUUAAAGAUGAUAUCGACAUAUUAAGAAAUAAUAAUUAUAACAAACACAAAAUUCUGAAUAUAAUCUUGGAAAAAAAAUACAAAAAGAUAAAGGUGACUUCCCUACAAUGUUUGGAUGAUAAAAUAACAAAAUGACACAAAACAUUUAUUUAAUCUAGACUUUAAAAUACUCAUUGCCAUCAUCAUCAGCUCA